UCGUAACGCUUUACGGAUCAUGACCUAGAGGCACGCAAACUCUUGAAGUCUUUCGAAGUCUUGAUGGGCAUUUUCGUUUGAUCUUUUAAAGACUUGUUCCGGCUUUUUCUGCCUUACCUUUUCCUCUUCUUUGUUGAAUCUUGAGUUGUCUGACUUGGGUUUCCCAGGUUUAAGAGAUGGACAACCAUGAACAUAAGAAGAAUCAUACAACUGGACAUGAGAAUCAUGGCUCUCACAUUUGUCACAAAUGCGGCUGGUCAUUCCCCAACCCACAUCCAAGUGCAAAACAAAGACGAUCUCACAAGAAGGUUUGCGGGACUCUAGAAGGGUAUAAGCUAACCAACAAAGAACAACUCUCAGAUGAAGAUCACAAGGGCUCUGGGAAUUCAGAACUGGGAGAUUUAAAGAGCAAUGAGAAUGUGAAACAUGGAAUUCAAAGAUUAGAGUCGAACAGAUCGGAAGAGGAAGUAUUCUCUGAUGCUGUUACGGAAUUCGGGGAUACUGAGACUAAUCCUACAAUCGAGACGGUUGUGGCCAAGGGUAAUCAAUACCCAGAAGUAAAUGUGAAAGGAGAUGUUAUUCAAGAAUCAGAACAUCCAGUGCAGAGCAGCCAGCUAGAAAAGCCCCAAUGUUUGGAAAGUGAUAACUUGAAGAAUAACAACAUACAGCUCCAAAUUGACGCCUCAAGCUUUAUUGGGGAUAAAUGUUUGGCUUCUUCUUCUGAUAGGGAAACUGAAGCAUUAGCUGUUGAUGGAAGAGAAGAUGGACAUAAUUCUGCUAGUUUCGUUUCCAAUAUCAAUCCUGAUGAACCGGUGAAUGUGAUUCCUGAGAUUACAAAUACCAAGCCUGGUAAUGUGACAGACAGAUCUUUGAUGCACUCUGGGAAAAGUUUCGAAGGACAGAAAAAUGAAAAUAAUGAUUCAAAUGGACACUUUCCACAUCUGGUAGCAUCACCUAGUAAAGCUCCAAACAUGGAGGUAUCUGAGAUAGAUUCCAGGUUAGAACAAAUGGAUGAAUUUGCAGGAGUAACCACUGAUGUCAGUACUACAAGAAUCAAUGCUCCCAUGGAUAGACUUGUGGACAUAAAGGAAGAGCUGUCUAAUCUCUCUGGACCUGUCACACCCCAAAUUGAUCCAUCCUCUAAUUCUUGUUCAGGGCCCAUGGAAGUUGUUGGCAUUGAACCUAUGGAUACUAUGAUUACUAGUGAAAGAGAUGCUUCUGCACAAGAAGUAAGUGUUGUGUAUCCUGGUGAGACUGUUGAUGGUUGCAAUGUGAAAGCAGAACCAAAUGAAAAGAUACCUGUACUUUCAACAUCGACUGUUAUACCUGCAGAAAACCAUUCUGAUAUAACAAUUAAAGUUUGUAGAGAUCAUGGACCAGGGACAUCAGAUGCACAUGGUGAAGUAAUAAAAGAGAAGGAAGAUCAUCCUAAAAAUCUUGCUUCUGAAGAAGAUCACUCCAGUUUCCUGUUAAGUAAGUCAGAUGAAGGUGAUUCCUGUUCAGGUCAGCGAGUAGUUGAAGAAAACCUCCAGCAGGAAGGGAGAGUGAGCAAAAGUACGGUUGAAGAGAGGUUCAAUGAGUGUAAAACCGAUUCUUCUGAAUGCAAGGCUCCAAUUAGGGGUGACGGGUCAAAUGGAUCAGAAGCCCCUCCAGCCUUAAGCAGUGAUGUAACAUCUACUCAUACAGGGCAAAUUGUUUUUCCUAUUGAAAAGCAGGAAUCUCUUAAUUUAUCGCAGGAGAUUCUUCCAGAAAGGUCUCAAGUGAUUCAUGAAACAGGAGGAGCUGCCAUAGUUUCUACAGCUGAUAAUGAAGUCGAUAGAGCAAGCUAUGCCAUUAACAGCAAUGAUUUUCCAGAGAAGGCUACAAUUAGCACAGGCAAUGGGUCAAAUGGCUUGGAAGCCCUUCCAGAUUCUGAAAUUCUUCCAGAAAAGCCUGCAGUAAUUCCUGAAGCAGGUGGAGAUGCCGUGGUUUCUUCAGCAGAUGCCAAAGUUGAUGGAGCAAGCAAUGCUAUUAGCAACUGUUCUGAAUUUCCAGAGAAGGAUAGAACUGACAAUUCCAACUUAGCUGGGAAGUAUAUUGUCGAAGGAGUUGGGGAGGUUCGUCAAGGUGAAGAUUUUCAGGAAGUCCCGAAGGGAGGUGAUAUCAGUAGGAGUACUGACUACUCUUCUCUUAUGAAAUUGGAAAGUGAAGCUGAGUAUGUUGAUACAAACACCAGAGUUUCUGAAGCUCUUCAUGAAGAUAUAAAAGUAGAUGAUGAGCAUAUGGCUUCUGCCCUAAAUACUGAAUCUUGGGUUCCUAGUUCUGUCCCAGUGGAAGACAACAAUUCCAAUGAUCUUUUUGGGGAUUUUUCUGAUAUUAAUUCCCAAUCUUUGCAACAUGAUGGUGAUCACAAUCUUAAACAUCAGCUUAGUGCUUCUGCUGUUGUGCACAGAGAGUUUUCGGUCAAUUCUGAUGGCCAAACUGACCAUAUGAAAGGUUAUUCCGGUUCUGCUUCAGAGAAAAUGGUUCCUUCCACCAUAAAUGCUACAAAUGAACAAGCAAUCCUUUCCACUGAAAUUUUACACGUGUCCAAUAUCCGAGCAGAAGAAGCCAACUUAAAAGGGACUGAAGAGAACACCACAGGUUUUGGCGGGGAUAAAUUUGACAUGGAGUCUCUGUCUUUGCAAGAUAAAGCUGCUAACAAUCAUCAUAAACACUAUUCUGAAGGAAUAGUCCCUUCCACAACAAAUGCUACAGAUGAAAGAGUGGUCCUUUCUGCUGAUACUUUACAAGCAUCCAAUACCCAAUCACAAAAAGCUGAUUUAACGAAGACAUUCAGUGAAGAGAGCAGCACCAAAGAUUUUGGUGAAGAUACAUUUGAGAUUAAGUAUCGGCCUUUACAAGAUGACGAUGUGAGCGAUAUUAAAAAACAUCCCAGUGCUUCAGCAGUUGUGUCAGCAGGUGUCUUUGUUGAUUCUAGUAGCCAAACUGAUAGUGUGAAAGGCUAUUGGGGCUCUGUUUCAGAUGCAACAUUUUCUUCCACAAGAGAUGCUAAUGAAGAAUCAGCCAGAAUUGCUAUUGAAACACUAGCAAUGAGUGAUACAGGAGUAAUGGACAAAGAUCAAAGAGCUAACCGGGAGACAAAAAAUGGCACUUCUGAAAGACAUCGUUCUGGUCACAGUGAUUUAUUUGAUGCACCUUCCUUCAUGACCUUGGUUGAACCUGGCAGAGGGAAUGACCAAUUCCCAGCUUCAUCUGAAAUCCAGACAGUUCAGAACCCACAACAGACAAAUUCUUCAUCUUUGCAAGCUGGGUGGUUUCCUUCGCAUACGUAUGAUAUGAAAGAGUCGGAAGGGAGGAAGAAGAAUGAAGAGAUCAUUGCUAAAGUUAGUAACUGGAGUGCUGGGAAACCACAUACACCUUUAAGGAGUCUGUUGGUUGAAGCAAACCUUGAAAGCAAGCAGAAGCCAUCGAAUGCACAGGAACAUCCAGCAACAACAGUUGUGCCUAAGGAUGAUGAGGCCUCUGCACAAGAUAAUAAGGUCGUACCUAAGACCUCUCCUCCAGUGAUGGCCCCUGAAGCAUCCAUCGCUCUUGCGGCCAAAGGUGACCAAGAGAAGGAAUGGAAUACUCCUGCAAGGCUUCCAGAAAGUAAGAAAGAUAAGAGGAAAGCCAGAGGGAGCUGGGUACCCUUUGUAUGCUGCACGGCUGUUGACUUGGACCCAUGAUGGCAACAGUAAUCGAGAUGCCUAAUUAAACUAGAUGGAAGUAUAAACAAGAACAUUUGGCCUAAUUCCCCUUCUUAAGAAUCAUGCAGGUCGAUUCAUUAAAUUGCACAUUACCGCAUAAUGGUAGCAAGCAGUCUGUAGAUUUUAGGUUAAUUGCAUAUGGCAAUAAUCCUUUGAUUUUACUUGAUUUCUUUGAUACUCUAUUGUAAAUCUUUUAGCUCAUUUUGUGUGCUUGUAAUAACUAUUUAUGUUAUGGAAUA